AUGGAGAAGGGGUUGCAAGUCAAGGGCACGGGCGAGGGGCAGAGAGUCAAGGGAAAGCUGUGGGAAAGGACGCUAAAGGGAAGACUGGAGAUGAGGAGGCAGGCUAUGCUGAAUAUGCCGGCUUUGAUCCAGGAGUGGAAGCAGAAGGGGCAUGGAAGAGGUUGGAAGAAGUGGCCGAGUUCCAGGGCGAAGAAAUAA